UAUUUAGUAUGUAUGAAUUAACGAGAUAAGCACAUAUUAAAAAAAUCCAUAAACAUGUUUAAUACUUUAAUAUUUAUAUUAGUGGUUAUAUGCAUUUUUUAUAUAAGAAGGAAAUACAGUUAUUGGGAACGUAAAAAUGUCCCAGGGCCCAAACCUUGGCCAAUUUUUGGAAAUAUUCUUGAAAGUUUUUUAAAGAAGAAGACUGUCGGCCAGAUAUUUCGCCAAAUAUACAGCGAAUAUGACGAUUACCCUGUAGUAGGAGUAUACAGAACAAGCGACCCAGUAUUAAUAAUCCGUGAUCCAGAAUUUGUUAACCGGAUUUUAGUAAGGGAUUCUAAAUAUUUUUUUAAUAAUGAUUUCUCCGUGGAUAGAAAUCUGGAUCCUUUACAGGGAGCUAGUCCUUUUCUUCAAAAAGAUGAUGAAUGGAGGGAAACUAGAAGAAUGUUGUCUCCUGGGUUCACUAGUGGAAAAAUGAAAAACUUAUUCCCUUUAAUAGAAAAAGUAAAUAAAAGAUUGACAAAUUACCUGAAACAAAACUUAAAUAUUUCUUUGGAGACACAAAAACUUUGCAGACGAUACACUUUGGAGAACGUGGCUUUGUCGGCAUUCGGUAUUGAGGGUCGAAAUUUUAAAAAUGAGGAGAGCGAGUUUAUGAAAUUGGCUAAUUCGUUUAUAGCCCCUGGAACGUUCGCCUUAUCCAUGUUUCAAAUGUUUCCGAUUUUAAGUAAUUUGGUAUCGUUAAAAGUGAUUCCAAAAGAAGUUGAGGCAGCAUUAAUAAAAAUAAUCAAAGAAGUUUUGGAAAUAAGGAGGCAUAAUAAUACUUCGGUAAAUGACUAUUUGCAAUUUAUCGCAGAUUUGAGUCAAAAACAGAAAUUCGACUAUAACGAAAUUGCUGGUCAUGCGGCUACUUUUUUUGAAGAUGGUUAUGAAACAUCAGCAUUAGUAAUGAGUUAUAUUUUGUACAAUUUGGCCAUGAAUCAAGAGGCCCAAGAAAAAAUUAGAGCUGAAAUCAGAAAUGUUGGUAGCAAAAUCUCUUAUGAAGAUCUUGGAGAGAUGAAAUAUUUAAAUGCUUGUAUUUCUGAGUCAAUGAGGCUUCAUCCAGUUUUGGAACAUUAUACAAGGGUUUGCAACCACCCUUACGUUUAUACUACUUCAAAAGAGUCAGCGGGGUAUUUUAAAGAAAUGUCCUUAGGUAUAGACAAGAAUACUGUAUGUAUUAUACCAUUUGGAGGACUGUGCCACGAUAAGAAAUACUUUUCUGAUCCCGAAAAAUUUAUUCCAGAAAGAUUUAUUGAUAAGGGAGAGCAAUAUAAAAAUAUAUUUUACCCGUUUGGUGGAGGGCAUAGGAUAUGCUUAGGACAGAGAUUUGGUAUUAUGCAAGUUAGAAUGGGAAUAAUCGAAAUAAUAAAAAACUUUAGAGUUUCUAUAAGUGACAAGACCAAAGUACCUUUUGAAUUCCUGCCUUGGACGGUCCUAAAUAAAGUAAAGCACGGGGUAUGGCUUAUCUACAGUGAAAUAAAUUAAUAGAUUUUAUAUACAAAUACAUAUUCCAUUAGAAAAUAAAA